CAGCGGCGUUUCACUUAAGAGAAAUGUGAAAGCGAGGCUCUAAAACAAACAUGGCGGAUUUUGCGGAUUCGAAUCCUAUACCGUGAGAUGGGCUGUAAAUGCUCAAAGUUUUGUCGACAAACUCGAAAUGAAACAAAGAAAACUACAGGAAUCGAGAUUAAGGGGACUGGUAGUGGGAGAAAUGAUGAAAGAAAUCAAGAGUCAGGUUCAGAGCUCGAAGAGCGCCAACCUUUAACCGUAUGUGCGGAAGAUCAAGAAGCGAAAAACAGACUUACUCAAGUCGGAAUAAAUGAAGAAAUUGCGAACGAGCUUCUACUAUUGCGUGGAAAAGGUUCUCUCAAGACCACCAGAGAUAUUGUUACUGUUUUGGAAAAAUAUAAUGCGGACUACAAAGUUGCAAUUGAGCAGCUGGAUAGCAACACUCUUGUUAGAGUGAACUCUUUGGGUAAUCUUAGCGUUGAAAAGGUCGAGAAAAAAGGUAUUUUUAGUUUUAAAAGCGUUGAGGAAAAAGGAUUUGUUGAUUCGGAGGAGAAAAUAGAUAUAAACACAGCAUCUGUGGAGCUUUUAGAGUCUAUAAAAGGCAUCGGACCAAUUCUUGCUGGAAGGAUUGUAGCACACAGAGAAGAACAUGGCCCAUUUGCUGAGCUAGGAGACAUUGUUUCAGUCAGAGGAGUGAGCAAAAAACUUUUGGACAAUGUAAUGUCACAAGUGACUGUUACAUCAGCAAAGAUUCCUAAGAUCCCCAAAAUUACUCCCUACUUAAUUAAUAACAAUACCUUGCGGAUUGCAUCAUGGAAUUUGCAGUCCUUUAGUUCUGAUAAAGCAGAUAAUGCUGGAGUUAAAGAGGUUAUCUGUUGUACAGUUUUAGAGAAUGGGUAAGUAAUCUGGAGAAAAUGUAAGAAACCAUGUAGAAUUUCUGAAACAUGGCAUUGCUGCAAGGUAAGGGAAGUCAGUUGUGUGGCACUCACACAAUAUUUCUCAGUGAAGUUUGGUUUCCCAAAAAUAUAUAGCAUAGUGACCCAGGCUCCAAGCUCAAACAAUGAGCUUUCAGUCCAGCAUUUAGUGUACUCUUCUUUACAUGAAAGCAUAUUUUAAACUUCCUAAUUUGGGGAUUCUUAAUUAAUGUGAGCAACAGAUGAAGAGCUCAAAACACAAUGUUUCUUCCCUUCUUUAAUUUGAAAGCCAUUGGCUUUGCAUCAGAGGAAUACCCAUUUGUAAGCAUACUUUUUCCACCAGCCGCAACAGAUAUUUUGGAAAUGUAGUUCUAAAUCUCUUGAUAGAUGGUUGCACUGUGGCCUAUGCCCCCAAACAACUCCCUUUGGAAAUCUACCAAUUGUUGAUUAUUUCUUUGUUUGCUGGAAAUCAUAUUUAGUGCAAAGAUCUAAUGUUUAACUUUUCUUUCACUUCUAUAGACUUGAUAUACUUGCUAUCCAAGAGAUUGGUGACACUAAUGCUUUGAUUAAGGUAAAAUAGGAAUGUUUUUGUGAGGAAAAAAUAUAUUUAAAUUACAGAGAUGGAGGGAGUGUUGAUCUGUGAUGCUUAAACUUUCAUUUUCGUUUGCAGAUCAAAGAUGAACUGAACAGCCCAACAAGUGAAACUGUAAAGACCUUGAAAACUGUUGAACAGCACUGGGAAUGUUGCAUUUCAGAUAUUUCAGGCAAAAUGUUUCGGGUACUGCAAAUUUUCUUGUAGGCUGUCAUAACCUUUACACAAGUAUUUUGGUCUACCAAUGUUUGAACAAACAGGGUACAGGAAAAAUGUACCAUAAGUGUUCACUUGACAAAUCUCUUUUCCAAAAAAUGGAAUGUUUAUAACAGAAGUUUUUGAGCAAAGAGAUAUGUUGUGAACAGCAAAAUUGAUAGUCCUAGAUGAUGUGACAAGGGUCAGAAUCCUGUGAGGAAGUUGUUGAUAGUUAAGGGAAAUUCUCUCAGCAGGUGUGAAUCUGUAAUGGAUGUCAUUGACUAGCUUUUUUUUUGUUUUUAUUUGCUAAUGAACAUAUUGAGAGACAGAAUUCCUGUGUUUUUUUAGCAACAUCAGUCUAGUAAUUCUGCCUUUGAGCUUUACUUAAAUUUUCUUUUUAGUUUCAUACUCUGUGACACUCUCAUAAGUGUUACCUAGACAAAGAAUUGUAGGCACCUUUUGAUGUGAAAAUAUUAUCAGUUCUUUUUGUGUAAGUAAAAACAUGAUUUCAAGUGCAAGUUGGUGUUGAUCAGCACAAGUAAAUUUGUCAAAGACAACAAAAAUUUGCACGAGCUGCUGAGGCAAGUGCAAUUUGUGGUCUUUGAAAAACCCUAACCCAAGUGCAUUUUACACCAAAUUGCAAGAGAAAUCAUGUUAUUAAUUAUUAAAAAUGUACAUGAAAAAAUGUUACGGAGAGUCAAUACAGAUGAAAUUUUGAAAGUGCGUGCGCACUAUUUGUAAUUUGCACCUGUUUAACAACUUUGCACUUGUGUUACAUGAGAGUGCACUUGUUUUCAGCCAAUCAGAAGUACGUAAUUUCUUUAUGUACAUUAUUAGAAAUUUGCAAAAACUUGCUGAUUUAAGGAAAUAAGGCCAUUAACCAUCUAAGGGAAAACAAUUGAGUUGUCAAAGCAGGGUUGAUUGAAAUAUUAAGGAACAGCAUAUGAAAUAAAUCUGAAGUCACUGAAUGAUUUUGCACUUGCAAAUGUGUUUCUAAAAAUUACUGAUCAACUGUGGCAUCUAGGUUUUGAAAUAUCUCUAUAUAUAUAUACUCUGUUUUGGAGGUAAUAGUUAUUCCAUAAUGUUAUAGAGACAUUCUUCUUGUUUUAGUCAGUGGAAUACAAUGGAUUUUUGUGGAAUGCAGCAAGGGGUAUUAGCUUAAAGAGCUCUGCACUUCUCGAGAAACCUAAGGGGGGCCAAAAGCAGUUUGCCAGGAGGCCAUACCUUGGAUUUUUUAAGGUACUUUACUAAUUUAUCAGGGUAAUUUGGUACUAUCAACUGAGUUGAUAACAUAAAUUGGCCACUGUCAGCAGUUUUAAAGCUGUCUUUUAAGUAUUAGCCUUUGGUUGUUUGCUCUGAAGAAGGGCUAAUGCUCCAAAUGUCAGCUUUUAAACUCUUCACGGUGGCCAUUUACAUUAUCAGCUCAGUUGAUAAUACUAAAUGACCCUGUUAUACUCUCCCACCUUUGCAGCACCACAGAUUCCUUAGAAACUUAACCCCUUUAUUCACUUACCAAUUUAUGUCUAGAUAUUUCCAAUCACAAUUUUUACUUGUGUAUCUCGCUGAGUUAGCAUAAGUAUUUUUUGCUUGUAUUUAACUCAAUCAGCCAUUGGGUUUGGGGUUUGGUUUUAAAUCAGAUCGUGAUUUUUAGGGUUAGGCUAACCCUAACCCAAGGUCAGACUUCCCUAGUACUGGUAACUUAGCCCCUGCAUAAUACGCUCUGCCUAGGCUUUGUUUUGUUCUCAUUUUUCUGUUAUUUUUUUUGGCAAUGACUUUUGUAGAAACAAGGAGUUAAAUGAAAUGAGUCUAAACAGUUAUUAACAAUGUUCUGUUAGCUUUUAUUUUAUAUCUUCUCAGGAGGUUACAAUAAGCCUUAGAUUGUUUUAUCUAGGUUUUUUAGGCUUUUGUCUAAAAUUGUUAAAUAAGGGCAAUUGAGAAAAUGAUCAUUAUUAAUUAAUCAUAAUCUUUUACCCAUGUUAUUUCCAUAGGCCAAGAAAUUUGAUUUUGUUCUUGUCAGUGUCCACUUAAAAGCAGCAGGACUAGGGAAUUCUGACUUAGAGAGACUCAAGGUGAAUGAAACUGUUACUUAAAUGACUCUGAGGUGAAGGAGGUAACUGCAAUGAUUGUACUUUUCUAUAAAUCCUUCAAAAAAUUGAAAUAUUAAAUAGAAUAAGAAAGAUGAUUGAUUUUGAACUUAGUCAUGAAAUGACAAAAGGUAUCACUUUUAUGGAAGAAAGGAUUGAGUAUCCCUAGAGGAUUAGAACCCCAGUCCAUUGGAUUCUGCAUUCCGAUGUUCAACCACUUUGCAACACAGAAAUCAAUGGUGGGUUGGGCCGUCAUUAGUUCCUGGUUGCUGUUAAGCCAAUGUAAUUACUUGAGUAAAUAGAAGAAGAGAUGGUAAAGUUUGAAUUUCAUCAUGAAAUGAAGAUAUCUGUUACUUGUCAUGUUAUUGUUACCCUGAUCUUUCUUCUUCAUUAUGCUCACCUUUCCUGUCCCAACUAUCCACAAACCCUGCAAAUCUCCUAUCACUAGGAAAUGCAGCUACUGAAUGCCAUGGCUUGCCACUGAGUUCUGUUUGAUGCAAUGCAAGGCGUCAGAAGCUCGAACCCUUGUGCAGGUGUCAGUGUUUAUUUCACAAUGCUAACAACAAUCAAUAUUGGUGGUGAUUCUGAUAUCAACAUGUGAUUUUUGGUUCUUGUGAUAUUUGAUUGUAGGAAGAACUUGCUAGAGUUCCUGCGUUGAUAACAGCAUUACAAUCUCAUAUCCCAGGUAAUGGUUUUGUUUUGUCUUGUUGAGCACCAGGAACAUGUAGUUGGUUCAUUGGUAACCUGGCUACAACUGUCUCCUCCCCACAAAGAUAAUUUUUGGAGGGCUGGGAGUGGCUAAACACAAUCUAACAUUCUGAGAUUUGAGAGCAAGUUUAACCCUUUUUUUUUAGGGGUGAUGGUUUCUUGAAUUUUCCUUUUUUUAGACAUGGUGAAAUAGACAGUGUAGAGUUCUCACAAUAACUAUUUGAGCAAUUUUCAUUUGAUUGUUGAAAGUAAUCCACAGUUGCUUUGGUUUUGCUUUACUUUGCUAUGUGAUUGGUUCUGAAAACUUGUGCCCAGUACCAAUAAAUCAAAUCCAAGACAAAAACCAAGCAUAAUUUGGUCUAUGGUGUUUUCCAUGCUUUAAGUAAUCUGAUUUUUUCACUACACAUUCUUAUCAUCUUCUUUUGUAAUAUUCCCUUUCUGUUGAUUUGCUGUUGCGAUUACUCAGGUUUUAGUGUCAUGCAACUCAAUUGCAAUGCACUCUAUCAGUAGUUAAGGGGAUAUUUGGAAAUAGAAUAAGGGAUAUGGUAAGUUUUGAGCUCGGUAGAGAAAUAGAGAAAGAUGUUUUUCGUCUUGUCAUUAGUGCAGGACAAAGAAAAAAUUGUGAGUCCCCAUGAGGAAUUGAACCUUUCAGUCUCUGUGGCUCAGUGGUAGAGCAUCGGAGCACAGAACCUGAAGGUCUGAGGUUCGAUUCCUCAUAGGAAUUUUUUCUUUGUCCCACGCUCGUAACAAGACGAAAAACAUCUUUCUCUAAGGGUAUAUUGUUUUGAUAUGCUGUCCUUUUCUCUGGACUUAUUAGCAGAGAAACACGUUGCAAUUUGGGGGAACUAUCGUUCAGAUUAAGGGAGACGUUGGUUAAAAUAUUGUUACACUUUACCUUGUUUACCAUGUCCUCAACAAAAAUAUCACUUUUCUGCGUGGUCAUUGUCCUAUUAACGAAUAGGUUUUCUUUCUCACUGUCAUCUGUAGGAGAGAACGACAUGAUGGUUCUUGGAGAUUUUAACCUUGGACCAGAUCUAGAUAUGGAAGGUAAAAGUUUAAUUUAGUCUCUGAUGUUAAACUGUUUCCUUUAACCGACUACCUCUUAACAUCAGUAUGCAUAUUCUCCAUACUACUCCCUAGACAUUUUCAAGGGUUCUUAUAAGGAGAAUGUGUUCAAUAAUCAAGAGCUUCUUUAGUUGGUGAUUAUCUCAUUCAUUCUCAUGACCUUAAUGUUUGAUUCAGGGGUGAUGUUUUAAGGAGAAAUUAGAUGCUAGUCACUCAUAGGGGCCAAAGGGUUAACGUGUAUUUUGUCCAUUUGCUGCGCCUCACGUGCCACUUUUUUGUUCUUAACUCGUUUUGACGUCAUCUGUGAUAUGCUACUGAACAUGCCCGGUAACAUAGAGUUCUUUCGUUAACUUGGUGUGGUUCCUCUGAUCUCACUGUCAACGUGUUGAAUUUUACUAAUAUGUAAGUCUUACUUUUUUGGCAGAAUUUGAUGCCAUGCGGGAAGGCGGGCUUGCUAAUUUGAUUUCAGCGUCCACUUUCACCAACAUAAGCACCAAAAACAUGGAAGGAUCCAAGAAUUAUGAUAACAUCUGGAUCAGCAAGCAUGCUAAAUCAAACCAUUUUACUGGGAAGUCAGGUAAUGUCGUCAUAUUGCAAUGUGAACACCAGUCUAACCCUUUCGUUUCCCAAGUUUAGAGAGAAAAUUAUCCUUAACUAUCUAUUUCAUUAUCUCUUUGUCGGCUUGUCAUUGUUGAGAAAUUUGUUGUUACGUCUAGAGAGUAGAGGUGGCAGUUUGGUUGUUUUCACUUUGAGUUCUCGUUGGCUUUUGGAAAUUGUUUUUUCUUCUGGUUGGUCCGUUGUAAUUACUUUGGUAUUAGUUUCACGACAAAAUCGAAAGGCCCUCUGGAAUCGACCUUUGUUUGAGUUAGUCUAAUGUCAGCCCCUUCUUUCGUAAAGUAAUCCUUUGCAUGAGAAAGAAAAGAUCAGCGGAAAAAAAAAAAACGUCUCAGAGCUUACACGUGAUGGAGAGAUAUUACCUGUAGUCUUUAGUGAAGGCGGAAGCAAUCUAGGUCUGUCUUUCUUUUUGCGUUCUUUUUAGGAGUGAUCAGGGAGCGUCUCACCCACCCCUCCAUACCUGAUGGUCGGUGGAGCUGGAAUGGUGUCGUCUCCGAUCAUUGUCCGGUUUGGGCCGAGUUCUAUUGCGAUCGAGAUUUCGACGACACCGAAGGCCUUGUGAGUGUCGAGGACAUCGCUAUUGAUGGAAAGGAAAUUAUCGACUAAUGCGAGUUAUAUUAUCAGAAAAAAAAACUGCAAUGUAAGAUAGACUUUUUAAAAUUUAAUAUACUACGAAAGAUGGAACAACAAGAUCGGAGUUCCUGUGUUUAAAUGAACGCCACACAAACGCACAACUGAUCGGUUACUCUGCCUCUAAGGUGCAAAGUAACUUAAAGGCAUAGUUACUGACGAGAUCACAUAAUUCACUAGCGUCUUGCGCACUGCUAUGGUCAGUAGUAUCGAAAGAAGCGUGUUUUACAAAGCAGAAUAGGGAAGCGUGAAAUUUCUUUUCCACCAAGUAACAUGUAAUGU